ACUCUCAACUCCUCAAUACUGCCUGGGGAACUUCCUACCAGUCUAACAGACCAGUCCAUCAUAUACCGACCACUAAGACCUCUUCAAAAACGUAGAGUCUACAAUGGGAGGCGAGACUCGUCCCCUUGCGUCUGCCUCGAAGCCUUACCCGGUCUUUGCUUCGAGGCCUAAAGGCAAGCAGAUUCACAACAUCUAUGCCGCGCGGUUGAGGCAAUUCACAGAUGGCGGACAGUACAAAGAACAAGGCUUGCUAGGAAAGCUGUACGAAGGUCGCGCGACCGGCCCAGAGCCCGUCAAACUGUCCGUCUACUCUCCUCCAGAUCUAUCCCGCCCUACUUUCAAAGAAGCCACCUCCCAUAAGUUCAGUCCCACAUCUACUGGUGAAUCAUUCGGUCCGUCAUGGUCGACACAUUGGUUCAAGGUCCAAAUCAAAGUACCGUCGAAUCUGUUGGAUAAAGAGCAUCUUGAGUUCCACUGGGAUGCCGGCAACGAGGGUCUUAUAUGGACCGAAUCAGGUGAUGUCGUCCAUGGACUGACAGGUGGAGGUGAAAGAAUUGAAUGGAUUCUACCCAAAGCUUUCAGAGAUGGCGGAGAACAUACGUUCUAUAUUGAAAUGGCGUGUAACAAGAUGUUUGGAAAUGCACCUGGGGGCGAUAGCAUUCAGCCUCCUAACCCAGACUUGUAUUACCCUCUAAACGUGGCAGACAUAGUUGCGGUCAAUCUAGAUGCACGAGCUCUCCAUAUCGAUUUUUGGAUCAUUGGAGACGCGGCAAGAGAGUUUCCGCAGGAUGGUUGGGAAGCACAUGAAGCUCAACAAGUCUGUAAUGGUAUCAUGGACUGCUUCAUCAACGGAUCUGGAAGUAAAGACUCCAUCAAAGAAUGCCGAAAGAUUGCCCAGAAGUAUCUGGGCGACAAGAUCGAUUCCGCUGAUGUUUACAAAGAAGAUGGCCAGGAAGCUAUUGUGAGUGGGAUUGGAAAUUGCCAUAUUGACACUUGUUGGUUAUGGCCAUGGGCAGAGACAAAGCGCAAGAUUGCUCGGUCUUGGGCUAAUCAAUGCGACUUGAUGGACCGAUACCCGGAACUCACCUUCACAGCAUCACAGGCUCAGCAAUUCAAAUGGCUAAAGAUGUACUAUCCAUCGGUUUUUGAUCGAGUAAAAGAGAAGGUCAAGGAAGGAAGGUUCCAUCCAAUUGGUGGAAGCUGGGUCGAGCACGAUACCAACAUGCCGAGUGGAGAAGCUCUGGUCAGACAAUUCUUAUACGGUCAACGUUUCUUCGAGACCCACUUUGGAGAACGGUCCAAGACAUUCUGGCUGCCAGACACCUUCGGCUAUUCAACACAGCUUCCUCAGAUAUGUCGUCUAGCUGGCAUGAGCAGGUUCUUUACCCAAAAGCUAAGCUGGAACAACAUCAAUAGCUUCCCUCAUACCACUUUCAACUGGGUGGCCCUUGAUGGUAGUCAGGUCAUUUGCCACAUGUGUCCUGCUGAGACGUAUACUGCUGAGGCCAAUUUCGGCGACCUCAAGCGCAGUAUAACACAACACAAAUCUUUGGACCAAGACAACACUUCGCUGUUGUGCUUUGGCAAAGGCGACGGAGGCGGAGGUCCGACGUGGGAGCACAUCGAGAAGCUCAGAAGAUGUCGAGGUGUCAGCGACAAUAUAGGAGUGUUGCCGCGUGUCAAGAUGGGAGCAUCCGUGGACGACUUCUUUGGUCGCCUAGAGAAAAAGGCCGAGGAAGGCACGGAAUUCGUAACAUGGUACGGUGAGCUGUAUUUCGAGCUACAUCGUGGCACGUAUACGACUCAAGCAAACAAUAAGAGAAACAACCGAAAGGCUGAGGUGAUGCUACAUGACUUGGAAUACCUUGCCACCCUGGCUACUAUCAAGGAUACAUAUGGCCACCAAGGCGCUUCGUACAAGUAUCCUAAGGAGGAUAUCGAUGACAUGUGGGAAGCGGUCCUUCUGUGUCAGUUCCACGAUUGCUUGCCAGGAAGUUGCAUUGAGAUGUGUUAUGACGAUUCUGACGAGCUAUAUGAGAAAGUAUUCACAACUGGUGAGAAAUGCCUGAAGGAAGCUCUAGGUGCUCUUGGAUUUGAGGGAAAGCGCUCCCAGCGCUCAAAAAUAGUCGCACUGAAUACACUACCAUGGAAGCGGACAGAGCUUACUUCCAUACCUGGGCCACAGGCGUACAGUAUAGCAUCAGGAGAGAGCGGUAUUAUGGAGAUACGCCCACUUGAAUCAAAAUAUCCAGCCAAGAGCGCAAGCAUCAAGGAGAUCGCUGUUGGCGUGUUUGAGUUGAAGAACAGCAGGUUCGCGAUGAAAGUCGACAACGGUGUUAUCACAUCUCUUUACGACGUCGAAGCAGACCGUGAAGUUAUUCCGAAGGGUGGGAAGGGUAACCAGCUGGUCCUUUUCGACGACAAGCCACUUUACUGGCAAGCAUGGGAUGUUGAAGUCUACCACCUGGAAUCGAGGAAGGAGCUCGAGCCUUCAAAAACUAGCAUUGUCGAGAAUGGUCCUCACCGUGUCAGCGUGGUCACUGAGACUAAGAUCAGCGAUAAGAGUUGGAUCAAAACUACAAUUAGCCUUGCGGCCGCAUUAGACGGGGAGGAUUCGCUGAUUCAACUGGAGAGCGAAGUCGAGUGGCAUGAGACCAUGAAGUUCUUGAAGGUUGAGUUCCCGGUGGACAUUGUCAACACUGAAGCAACCUACGAGACCCAAUUUGGUCUCGUAAAGAGACCGACUCAUUACAACACUUCAUGGGAUAUGGCGAAGUUUGAAGUCUGCUGCCAUAAAUUCGCUGAUUUGUCCGAGGCUGGCUAUGGUGUCUCCAUUCUGAAUGACUCCAAAUACGGCUUUGCAACUUGUGGGAACGUUAUGCGCUUGAGCUUGCUGCGCGCUCCGAAGGCCCCUGAUGCACAUGCUGAUAUGGGCCGUCACCACAUUAAAUACGCCGUACUUCCACACGCCGGUCCCUUGUCCUACAAAACCGUUCGCGCGGCCGCGGCGUUCAAUAAUCCAUUGAAAGUGAUCUCACAUCCAAACCCUCAUGUAUUUGCGCCCCUAUUCAAUGCUUUCAAGGUGACCGGAGCGAACAACCUCGUUCUUGAUACUAUCAAGCGCGGAGAGGAUGAUGAUGAUGUCAGUAGGGGGGAGCUACCUAAGCGCUCGGGUCGGAGUAUCAUUCUCCGCGUGUAUGACGCGAUGGGUGGUCGUAGCAAGGGUAGGCUUGAGUGGGGCACGGUACCAGUCAAAAAGAUAUACAGGACAAAUGUGCUGGAGGACGAUGGUGAGGAGCUGAAUAUCGAGAAGGAAGGGCACGCCAAGAUUGAGCUGAGAGCCUUUGAAGUCGCAACGUAUAGAUUGCAACUUUGAUGGCGGGAUUAAUGAGUGCGCUGCGGCCUGGGCGUUGCUACGUAGUACGGGAUCUACUGUUAUGGUUUAACUAUGUUCAAGCUUGCUACCGCGUCUUGAAUACGAUGACCAACAGGGACGACGUCGCAUGUCACUCUGACAGCAAAGGAGACGAGGCGUUUUUGUGUUACCGUGCGUUCAUCUCGGAACAGUGGAAGUACGUGUCCAUUUGAUUAAUCAAGGCUAUGACAUCUACAAGCCUGGUGAAACCAAGAGCGAAACUCAUCAAAAAUGCGACAAAACUAAUCCAUCGUAAAACAUUCAUCCCUUACGCCGAGGAAUACUAUCCCUUGCUUAUGAAACGAUGGCCUGUCGGCCGGUUUUUUUUACCGCUCAUUUAAGCAACUUUAGCGGGUAGAGAUAAGACGUACUACUAUCUCAUCGAGUAUAUAGUAAAGAUAU